AUGGAUCCGCCCGCAAUCAGGCCGAGCGCGAUUUCAAAUAGGGCUACUGAACAAGUGCCGAUCCGAAAGUCCUCUGCUGGCUUGCCCGCAGUAUUUUUGCCUAAACCAACGUUUGAGUCACCCACGGCGGUGCCCUCCGAAAAGACCAGCUCUCCGCCGACAAAAAAGUCAUUAGACAAGACGGCCAUUCCCCACUCGAAGAGUGCGCUAUCACAAAGACAUCCAAGUUCUGCGUCAGAGACGCAGCAUCCGCCGAUGGAUACGUCGGCUUACCUGACCCUUAUGUUAGAGCAGAAUGCCUGGGUAUUUAAUACAAAUCUCGAUCAACUGUCGGCCGAAAUGCGCCUCCACCUUUCACAUGCCGACCAGUUGGCCUUGAAGGCAUUGACAUGCGAUGAGCCUCAGCAGCUGCGCAACCAGCUUAUCCGAAUGGCUCAUAAACGAGUGGCCGACUUUGUGGCCGAACAGAUGCGGCGAGUUGAAUCGCGAAUGUUGGAGGAGGGCAUGAGCCCUGAGGAUGCCAUGCGUGAGGCCUUCCAGUUGGGCGAGAGCCUUGCUCUCCAGUGGAAUCUGCUGCAACACAGCCUCGGAGUUAAGGUGACGCGCAAGUUGUGCAUACGAGAUCCACGCCAAAUCGACAGAGACAACCAGAUAAGGGCGACACCAAGGACGAAACAGAUUCGAGCUAUGUCGCAUUACGAGCGCUUCGAAGACUUAUUCGUUGGAACGAAUGACCUGCAGCCGGAGUCGAGUAUGAGUGAAAUGACGACCUAUGAGGACAAUGUACAGUUGGAGUUAUCGUCCGCCAGGCAGUUAAAAGCCACCCAGUCUAAGGACUCAGGCGCUAGGCUCUACGAGUCCAGAUCUCCGGACGGAGGGACAAGAGAUUUAAUAUUUGGCGCAGACGAGGGCCUCGUGGGAAUUCAUAGGACUAUUUAUUCAUUUCAGGACGCCAAACUACUGGACAUCAUCAUCGAACAUUUUGCCAGAAUAACACGUCAGACCUCGGCCGAAUUGGCCUGCUACAGACGAGUGUUCGAACAGAUUUUACGACAUUCAGACAUGGCUAAUCCAAACUCACAGUUCGCAAGCCGAUUGCAGAAUCUAAAGCGACGGGAAUCGAAAUUUUUUUGUCUUUCUUACGGUUCCAAGGCCUCCUUUCGCGAGUCUCCAAAACCGGCAUCUGUAGGCUCUGUGUUUGUCGACGACGAGGACAACUGCCUGUUGGAGGCCUUUGUUGAGCUGGUCAUCAUGUCGGAGGCUGAGCAACCUGAGGGCAGCAUUACUGGUCAGAUUGCUCGAAUAUAUCGGCUUGAGCAGUGCAUCCGUCUGUUGGCCAAUCAGUUGUACUCCUACCCAGUGCCAGGGUUGGUUGUGGCUUCUGGCAUCAUGGAUCCCCUCGAGACGCUAAGGCAGCUGACUUCGACGGGUCGACAUGACAACUCGAUGUCGGGGCCAUCUGGGGCGGCCUCCAGCACCUCCAUGCCAGCUAGUGGUGAGGGGAUCCUGCCUCAACCCAGUCUGGGACAGUUGUACAUGAUGAUCGCCAAGGCUUACAGAAUGCAACGAGAACACAAGGAGCCUCGACAAAUUCGUUCAUCACCGCGUUUAUCCGCCUUAGUACAACCAUCGGUUGACACCUCCUUGGUCACAGGUGUCAAAAUGAAGAUUGAUGGUACAGGAGGCUCAGUUGGCCGGCGAACAAAAGAUCAGUCGGAACAGGAUGGAUCGGAUCUGCCUGGCUGGCCGAUGACGCGGGAAAGGGCCAGAAAGAUAGAGUGCAGGCUGGAGCAGGAAUUUAGGGAUGCGCAGAGGCCUUUGAGUGAUGCCGCUACAUGUAAUUAUCAAACAGAAGACAAAUUUCACAAGGUAAACUCUGGUUUCCAAGCCGUUGAUCCAACAAUCAUGUACAGGAAGUUUUAA